AGAAUUUAUUUUUUGCAGCUUAGCUAAUGUAGCUUACUCCAGGUCUUUCUAAAUUGUUUUUAACCAUGUUUUAUUAAAUUCCUUUAUUGUUGAGUUGAACCCCACCCAUCGGCACAAUAUGUCAUCUGGAGGAGAAGGUUUUGGAUCUAUUACUUGGUGGGGAUUUACUUCGUCUCUGGACUUGCAAGCAGAGGUUGAUGAAAACAAUCAUGGAAUGGAAAUGUCCAAAGGUGCAAGUAAAAAUGAACAUGAAUCUCUUAACAUCCUCAUUGUCGGGGCAGGAGACUGUCGACAUAUUAUUAAAACUAUUGCACAAAGGAAAAGGCACAAACACAGGAAAAUACAUUUCUAUGUCAUAGAAAACAAUCCUGAACUAUUAGCGAGGCAUCUGCUUCUUAUCACGUUGGCAGUUGAACCUACCCACAAAAUGGGUUUGCAAGAAAAGACUGAACUGUUUGCUGAAAUAUAUGGCAAUACAUUAAUACGCCAGCAAACUUAUCAAUAUGUUCAAGACAAAGCAAAUUUGUUCAUAGAAAUGAUAAGUGACCUGGAUUAUGCUGAUGAGAGAAUGCCGAUUGUGGAUAUGUCACAACUAAAGUUUAGAGAAAGAGACUUCAUUGAAGGAAUAUUUAAAUUUUGGAGAGAACCUGACCCUAGGUACUUCAAUAUCACAACGAUGUGGGAUGCAAGGUUACGACAUUACCUCGGAGUGCGGUACGAUUCAAGAUCAGGGGCCUAUGAUUGGGACCUAAGCAUGAAGUUGCAUGAUUUGGGGGCUAAAGUAAUAUCUAAAAUGGAAUACGUGAGAUGGAGGGAAAAAGGCAUUGCUUUUGAAGCAAGAGAAGGUGUUUACGACCGACCGAACAAAACACUAUCAUCUGGAUUGGUACUAAAAAGAAAUGAUGGGUCAAGAGUACCAACCAGGGGAUAUUGGGGUGAUAUGGUCACAGGACCAUUCAUAACGUUUGGUGUAGAAAGCGAGGAGCAAUCAUUAUUUAAAACUGCAAACGGAGCACAUGUAAAGAAUUCUGAAGAUAUAACGCUACACAAUCUACUCUGUUUGUUCCACGAGCUUCAAAGUGGUGAAAGGUAUCAAAUUCCUGCACAACAAGAAACUGAAGAUGCAAAUAAAAUUAUAGAAAUGGAUGAGGAUCCUAAUGCUAUGGCAACCGAUGUUGCUAUGGAAACAACAGAAACCAACCAUGACUCAUCACAUCACGAUAUUCAUCAUGAAGAUCAUAAACAUGAAUCUCAUGUACACCAUCAACACAAAAAUAAAGAAUUUUAUGCUCCAAUACAAUGUGACGACGUCUGUGUGCACUUUUUAUCACUCAACUGUCUGGCAGAACUUCACAAAAAAUCAAAGUUUCAAAAACUCUUCAAUGUUGUUUUUAUGUCUACAAGUAUGGUGCAACAGUUCACUCCUGUUUUACGACCAAUGUUUGCGGAUGAAUGUGUGCUCAUUAUAGAACUUGCAAAGUUCAUCUUGGACGUUAACAAAGAACAAGUUGCCGGUUUUGCCAAAAGAGUUACAGAAAUGGCUCGCGAUGUCGGGUUUGAACCUAAACAGGUUCCAUCGCCAAAAGAUUCUUUUGCCAAAUUUGCAUUCAGGAACAUAUGAUUUUCAGACAAUUUUUCGAAAAAUAUGUUGCACCAUAUCUUAAGCAACGGCAGGUUUUCGUUUUAAAGUACUUUAUGACUACUGAGAAUAUGCACAAUUGAUGGUCUGAGGAAAACACCAUCUCAGUGAAAAUGACACUUUUUUUAAGAAAUGAGUAUUUUUUGUAUGAGUAGAAGAGUGAGAAUAUUUUUUAAGUUGAAGGGUUGGGAUAUUUUAAUAUACAGUAUCUUUGCAUUCAUCCCGACUUACAUGUUCGUUCUUUUACUUUCGACUUUUGGUAGAACUGCUCUCCUACGAUAAACGUUCAAACUCAAGUGAUACCAAAAUAUGCCGAUAAUAUAUUAAAAAUGCAUAUAUUCUUAUUAUGUUCAAGGAUCCACUAUCUUGAGUAUAGAUCUACAUGAUCUUAUGCAUCUCCAAGAAUGAAUGCUUUUGAUAUAUUCUACAUGGUUUUAAUAUUCCUUGCGGAAAUUCUUGUGAAUUCAACCAGCUUGUCUCCAGCCCCGAAACGAAUAUAGAUAAGUCAUUGUGACAGCAGACUAGUACUUAUUUAAUUCUGAAAUAUCCCAAUCUUCAAGUGAUAUUUAAUAUUGGAACAGGAGAGGUCUACAUCUAACUAUCUCCAUACUCCAGAAUUCAGUUUUAUAUUUAUUUCCAAGCACUCAAUGAAUCUAUUUUGGGGGAAGAUACAUCAAUUUCGAUUUCAAAAUCUUAUAUUUUGUCCAAAAAUAUCACUAUUUUAUUCAAACUAAUUUGUCUCGAGCAUCCAUUCAAGAGAGAUGGUAUUAACCUGUCCCAACAGGGUUUCAUAUAAUUUAGAUUUAAGAUCGGAACUAAUUUUGUAGGUACAUUGUUAGUUCGACUGACACCUGAAUUCCGUUCAAAUUACUCCCAAUUUUUUUAGUUGUUUUGCUUUGUAGACUUUCACAUCACACAAUCAAAGUUUAAUGAUUUUAUAUUUUCGAUUAAUAUUGAUAUUACCAUGAGCGAAAAAGUAAUUCCAAUGCUCAAUUUUUAUCUUCUAGUUUUCAUUCUGCAUAUUCAAAGGAUAGGUGGGGAAAAAAAUAGGGCUCUGUUAUACCUCAUAUAACCAGUAUUGUAAAGUAAUAGCUUUAUUACAUCUCAGCUAAAAUGAGAAUUUGUUGUCUGUGUUUCUGUUCACAAUUGUGAUGGAGUUUCAGUUAAUUCCACGAGGUACCUCCUUAGCUAUCCUGUUUUGCCCCAUCGUAGGUAGGUUUGUAGAAUUUUUAGAUAUUUUUGAAAAAGACUUUUAUGGUUAAUAGACUAAUUUACUGGUAAUUCUUGUUAUAAAUUGUGUUGUCAUCAAUUAUUCUGGCCUUGUUGACCAGAAGGAUAGGCUCGGUGCUUCUAAAAAUGAAAUUUUAAAUUGCUGUCUUAUUAAUACUUCAGAUCUAUUCUGUGGUCUGCUUUAUAACUAUGUAAUAAAUAGGGAAUGCUGGUUUAGACUUGGGACGAAUCAAGCCUUUGCUGUUUUCGUACAAUUGGGUACUUCCUUUCUAUAUAAUCUUUACUUUCUCUUCAUUUUAGUGCAGGUACAAUUAUUGUCUGUAAUAUUUUCACUGUGUGUGCUUCUUUGUUCUUUUGCCAAAUCUAAAAAUGCUGUAGUCUUAAUUUUGAUCUGGGUGAAACAAAUCUAAUUGCAUAAUUUAGGAAGUAAUUGUACUCGAUGGGUAAUAUGGAGUUUAAAUUUACAAUAAUUUGUUACUAGGAAUUGUUUUGAGGAACCAUUAAAAGGAAAGGACUGACUUAUCCAGAACCAUGGGUAUUGUCAGAAAUUUUUCCAUUAGAAAUUUAUUGAACGAAGCUGUUAGUUUCAUAAAUACCAUGUCAUAUAAUAACUUGACCUUGGACCUCCAGUAACACCAAAUUUAUAGUGCCUAUGGCUUUAUUUUUGACAUAUUUUUUCCCUUGUAAAAAAAAAAACAGAAUACAAAAUAACAUAGUCAUAUUUUCCGGAAAAUGUCAAACUCAACAAAGGUGGUUUAAGUUCCCUUUCCGGUUCUGGUUUUGGAAUAAUUGGUCUGAAGUUACUUUUUGACCAAUCAAGUUUGUGAUGAAUUUUUUUGUUUUUCUUGUUUUGGGAAACCAGAAAAUUUUCUUAAUAUUGUUGCAAAUUGGUCCUGGUCCUUAUUAUUAAAAAAAAGUUUAAAAAAAAGUAGCUAUAUAUAUAUAUAUGCGUUUUGUUUUGUGUGUUUAUGCGGUUCCGCCAUGAUUCGUUUUGUUUCAUGUAUGAUGAUUGUAUACUUUUUUGUUUUCCUUUAUGUAUUACUACUUCCCCAGUCUUUUUGUAUAUAUUGUAGCUCAGUUAUUGUUCUCGUAAAACCGUUUGCUGUGAAUGAUUUAUUUGAUUGGUUUUGUAAAAAAAAUUACAGUUAUAAUUAUACCCACUCAGGAGUUGUUCGUUAUUGUGCACAACUCAUAAACAUGCCCAUUUUAGACCCUUGCUGAUUCUUUUCAUAAUAAGUUAUCAAAUUUGGUGUAGAAUUAAAACUCUUAAGAUGGAUUGGUAGUUUAACAUUUUGGAUACAUGGAGAGGGUCACAACAAGAAGUCUGAUUUCUGUUAUGGCAUGUCUUGGCGUGUGUAAGAUUUGACUAGUUCAAUUGUCGACCUUGGUCUUGUAAGUCUGAGAUGAAUUUGAUAUUGCUCUAUUAUUUUUUCUCUCCAUUUCACUGAAUUAACCAUGAUAUAGUAUUUGAAAAGGGGUAAAGUAUGUUAGCUUAAAAUGCAAAUCUGCAUGCGAGUACCUGUAGUUAGAUAUUGCCCAAUGUGGUUCUAAGCGAACGAAUCAUUCAAAUACCAGUAUUUGGCAACUGUGAUAAUUAAAUUUGUACUCGAUAUUUUAUUCUAAUUCUUUGUGUGCUUCAUUUGUAUAUUUUCAGUCUGUUUUCGAUUUUUGCUUUCAAAGCUCUGUGGGUUUGAAUUUCCCUAAUUGUGUCGAUCUAAACUUUAUUUUGAAGCUUGUUUUCCAUGCUUUUUUACCCUGUAUUGUUUCAUUUACUCUACUCAGUUUGACAUGUACGGUAUAAUUAAUUAUUCAAUAAUAAAUAUAUAUUAAAAAAGUC